AUGAUUUUAAAACGAAUAAAUAUUAAUUUUCUGACAAAACUUUCUUCCCAACUAGUAGAUUAUAUAACUUGUUUAGAAUGCUGCAAAUAUUAUAUUGCACCAGCCACAGCUGUGUGUGGACAUUCUCUAUGUCUUGGGUGUUGGCGAGGCAGACGAAAAUGCCCUACAUGUGCAAUUCCUGUGGAAAAGAAAAAUUUACAAUUAAAUCUUCCAUUGCAAAAUACAACUGAACAUGUUCAUUUGCUUGUGAAAGCUUUGGAAAAGCAGUUUAACAUAAAAGUGGAUGAAUUUGCCUUGGAUGCACCAAACGAAAAACGACAAGAAGAAGUUUCAAAUAAAAAUGUGAAAGACUGGUUGGCAAAUUCCCAAAAUCAUUUUUCUGCUCCUAUCAGCUCUCAAUCAACGCAAGAUAUAGAUCCACACAUAGAAUAUAUAACUAGUGAAAUACAAGUUCAUACUACAAAUGUAAAGACUAAGAGUCCAGGUAAAAAACUUUAUGUGCCUGUUCCUCAAGUUGAUUAUGAUAAAAUUGAAGAAAUUACAGAAAGUGAAGAAUUUUCGUUUGCAAAACAGCAACAUGUUGCAGACCUAAUGGCCUUACAACCAUCUGUUUUUGAUGACAGUGAAUACACUACACAAAAUCCACGUAGAAGUUCGAGAAAAAAAGAUAAAAGUAGUAUUUUAAAAGGAUCUGUAACUGAAGAUGUUACUGAGAAGAUUAGUGCUAAAACAUCAACCGUUCAAUCCUCCAAACCAUCUAGUAAAAUGAAACAAACGUGGAAUAAUGUAAAGAAAAUGAGAAAAGAAUUUGGUAGAUUAAAUAAGGAAAAUAGAAAUAAAUUAAAUGUAUCUAUUGAAAUGUGCAAAAAAACUCAAGUUUCUAAUUGCAAAACAAAACUAUUUGAUAAGGAAAAAUCACCAUCAUCACCAACACCAGAUAUUAUUGAAGCUGUUACCCCUAAUAUUCCCCCUGCAGUUAAAGAGUCUGAAAAUCGUCCUUUAAUAGACAAACACAAUACAAUACAAAAUACUGUUAAUGAUAAAUUACAUAUAAAUACAGAAUUGAGUUCAAGACCAGCAAUGUUAAUAAAACAUCUUAACCAGGAAAAUGCUGAAGCAGUGGCAAAGGGUAGUAAAUGUAAUUUGGUAAACAAUAAAAUAUCGAUUCCUGAAGAAAAAAUAUUAAUCCCACAAGAACAAAAAAAUACUCCAAUGGAUAUUGAAAACAGAUGUACCCAUGAAAUAUUGAUAGAAAACCCAAGGGUAAAAUUCUUUAAAAAAAGUGCUUUACAGGUUAAAACAAAAGAAAAGAUUGAGGAAUUAAAAAACGAAGAUUGUAGUGAGAUUAACACAGAAGAUAUCGAAAUUUCAAUUAAAAUUGGUAAAACUGUAACAAAUAUAUUAAUAAAGAAAAAUGAGAAUGAUGUCCGAUUUAAAAUUAAUAAAGAUCGUGAAGUACAAACUUCUUUAGAAAAUAAUAAUAAUAUUAAUAACUUCACUCAAACCUCAGAGUGUAAUAAAGAAGAAACUGAUGUUAUACAAAACAACAAUAUUGAUUUAAAUGAAUCUAAAUGCACUAAUAAUACACAAGCGAAAAUUGUUCAAUCGUGUAAAAUACCUCUACCAAACCAAAAUUUACAUAAAUCAAGUUCAACAAAGAAAAAUACUGCAUCUGCAGAUACUGUAACUGCACAAUUCGAAAUAACUAAAAGUGUUGAAAAAGAAUUAUCGGACAUUAUGGAAUGUGUUGAAAGUGAAAGUAUACAAAAUGAAUAUCUGAAAAAAGGCCUAACACCUAUGAGACAAAAUAUAAAUAAAACUGCAGUUCAAAAUUUGCAAAGUUCGUCACAAAAAGAAAAUAUUCGCGAUGACUAUGAUUUAGACAUUUUUGAUUGUGAAUCUUUAAAAGCAUCUAGUGUUCAGUUACUUAAAACAUCAAAAAAUGUAGCUUCAAAAAUUUUAGUAUCAACGCAAAACAAGUAUAAACAAAAGCAAUCAGAUAAAAGAGUCCGAGAUAUAAAUAGCGACGAAAACUUACCUGUAAAUAAAAAACAAAAGAUGUCACCUGAAUAUGAAAAUAUUCAAGUUGAAAAAGUAAAUAAAAUUGUUCACGAAAAUUCUAAAGCAGCAUUAAAUGAAAGUGAGUGUAACACUUAUGAUAUUGUUAUGGACAAAGUAUUUGCUAAUAUUGACGCAGACAUUGAAAACUAUGAAGUCUCAAACAAAAUUAAAAAUACACAUGAUCGAAAAAAAGUCUGUGACUCUGAAAUUGAAAAUCCAAAGUACAGUGAAAAUAUUUUUUCAGUUGCGGAAAAUGAUUAUAAUGAUCAAUCGAAGGUGUUAAAUAGUCAAAUGGAGAAAGCUACUCACCAAAAUAAAGAUCCGUUGGCACCAAACUUAUGCCGAGAAUUUGCUUCAGUACAUAAAGGAGAUAGAGAAACUGAAGACUUAGAAAUGGUGGAAUUAGGGACACCAUUCCACGAAAGUGAUGAUUCUGACAGGAGUGUAGUUGAAGAAACCCCACAUAAAAGUGUUUCCAUUCCGAAAACAAGCAAGCGUAAAACGGAAGAACUGUCGUGUCAAGUGGAAAGUGAAAACAAACAAUUGAAUACAUUAAAUGUUAUUGGGAAAAAAGAGAACACAAAAAGUGUUAUUAGUUUAUCUGAUAGUGUUACAGAUUUGUCUAAAACAAAAGAAAACACUGUCGAAGAAAAGAACAAAGACAGAAGAACUCUCGAAACGUCGUUGUCAAUAGACGUAUUUGUGGACCAAAUAAAGUAUAAAUCCACUCCAAUGGUUCGAAGGUCGUUAAAUUUUAAUCGCGAAAACAUCGAAGAAAAUAAUCUUGAACAAACCCUAUGUCCAAGUCCGAUCGCAGUGGCCACAACUACUCAAGAGAAGGAAUUCAUGAAUGAAAUUUUUGAACAAAGUCCAAAUUUACUAGUACAUAAAGCGUUUCCCGUAUUGAAUCGCACAAAUCGCCCCACAAAUUUUUGCAUUGCUGGUUCAUGUCUAACAGCCAGCGAAAUAACAAAAUUGAAGCUUCUUUGCAAAGAAAGAGAAUGGAACUACGUAGACAAAUAUACAAAGGAGUUAACCCAUUUAGUUGUUAGUGUGGAUGAAGAAAAUAGAUCACAAAGAUCUGUAAAAUAUAUGUGCGCGCUGGCAGCAGGAAAAUGGAUAAUUAGUUAUGCAUGGGUAGAAAAAUGCAUCGAAACGAAAACCGUGGUAUCGGAGGAACUGUACGAAACGUUAGACGGCACAGGAGAGCCGGGUCCGCGACGUUCGCGCCUCGCCAAACAGAAGCUGUUUCGGGGCAUCACUUUUUACUGCAUGCAGCCAUUUAGCGUGCUUAAUGUCGACACUUUGAAGGACAUUCUGGAUUCAGCGGGUGGUCGUGUAGUGAGCGAAGCCAGUGAAGUGCGAGUCGUUGAUGAGAAGCCAGUUUUGUUGCUGGCCGAGCCCGAGCAUACGCAGGAGGAUCGAUUCAUAUAUCUCGCAAUGGAGCUCAAGGUCGUGCCGGUGAAUUUUGAGUGGGUAUUGAACUGCCUAGGCAGUUACACCCUGACCUCCAUCCAUGAUCUAUUACUAUGCCCACCUUCGCUUCUACCUCCAAUUACUAGUAAAUGGCCUACGCCAUUACUCGCCCGUGAUUAUGACUAG